AUGGAACAAAAAGAGAACGAAAAGUUUGAUGAAAAGUGGUGGGUUGUUCAAGUUGAAUCAGGAUUAGAGAGCGAAGAGAGAUCAGAUGAAUCCCACGAUGGUCUUAUUCAUACAGUUCCAAAGUCUCUCUUGAGCAAAAACCCAGAGUUCUAUCAUCCUCAAGUCAUCUCCUUGGGUCCUUACCAUUUCCAAAUAAAAGAUCCACAGAAAGAUGACAUGGAACGUCUUAAGUCAGAAGUGGCCAGAAAGAUGAACCGUAAAAUCAUCACUAAAGGUGGCUUAAAAUCGGUGAUGGAAAAGUUUAAGGAGGAAGAGAAGCAGAGAAAACUAAAGAAAAGCUAUGCUAAAAAUUUUGAACUUAGCAGUGAAGCGUGUGCGUGGAUGAUAGUGAGGGAUGCCUGUUUUCUUCUAGAAGUUCUCGACAGAUUUGGAAAAGAUGAAGGCCAAGAGCAAAGCGUGAAGGCUUCCAUGGAUAGUAUUUUAAGCAGGGCACGACAUCAUCCUUUAUUGACAGAAAUUGUGAAAGAUAUGCUCAAGAGGGAGAAUCAACUACCAUUCUGGGCAUUGGAGGAAAUCAGAAGUGAUAUUGUGAAUUCAGAUGAUAAUGUUUGGUUUGAGUCGGCACUAAAAACUUUAUCCCCCAUCGAAAUAGCAGAAAGGCAGGGUCGGAAGUACAGAAAGGAAUCCCAUAUCUUGCAAUUGCUUCAGGACUACAUUGUUGAUAAGAAAGACAUCAUCAUCUCCGAUAAACUGAGUAGACCUUGGAUGACCAUCAUUGCUUUUUUAAGAAUGGUUAAUAAAGUUACCAUUUUAAAGCUUCUAUCCCCAUUUUUAUGUUGUCGUGAAAAAUGUGUAAAUGGGUAUUUAGACUAUUAUAUGCCAUAA